UGCGAAGUCACGCUGUGUUCUGUGAAGGGAUUUAGCACCGGUGUUUUCAACUUUUGUUUUUCGCAGCUUUUCUUGCACUGUAAUAAGUAAUGAAUAGGAUUUAAUGAAUUAUGUUAAUUCGUGGAGGUAUAUAAAUUUGUAAUUUAAAUGUAGGAGAUAUAGUUUGUAUUCAAGCUUAUGGUAAAGCUUAAGGGAAGCCGUCUGACUAUACCAGUAUACACUACAAGAGUUGAAGAGCGGUACCGGUAACAUUCCCCUCUACACGUACACCAAUCUCUGAAUCUGCCAAUACUGCGAUAGUCAGCGUCUACUAACCAGCUAUCAGAGUAUUCUGGUGAAUGAACGUCCUGCAAAUAGUGAAAAUGGCCCAUGAAUUCGACUGGAGUUUGAAGCCAUUGGUUUUUGCUUUGUUGGCAUGCACAGUGAGAUCGGAACUUGUGGAUUCUGAAACAGCUGUUAUCACUUGGGAUACAUCGCUCAACUUGGAAAAAAAUGAAACGAAGAACCUACGAUUUCAUUCAUCAUCUCCACCUCAUUGUGAAGUGAUUUUGCAUCUUGAGACAGUUCAUGUUCAUUCACAAAGCAAAAAUGAUUCCUCGCCUGUUAAAUUCAAUUCAACUAUAAUUUUUAAAGAAAAUAACACAAAAGUUGAUGUUCCAGUUUAUGGAUUAUUUGUGGGUCAAGCAUUCCUAUCGGUGAAUGAGACAAGUCAAUCUUGUAAUAUCAGUUUGGAUAAAAAUCAACCAAGGAUAGAAGUUCAUGUUGUUCAUCUUCAUGCUCUUGUUAUUGUGAUUGAUGUUAUCGGUUGGAUUUAUUUCUUUGCUUGGUCGAUAUCUUUCUAUCCUCAAGCCAUUUUGAAUUUUCAAAGAAAAAGUGUCAUUGGAUUGAAUUUUGACUUUGUUGCGUAUAAUGCACUUGGAUUUUUUGCCUAUGGAAUUUAUAAUGUUGGCCUUUAUUGGAUUCCAAAAAUCAAGGAGCUGUAUUUAGAAGAACAUCCCGAUGGUGUUAAUCCAGUUCAAAUUAAUGAUGUAGUAUUUGCCCUACAUGCUUUUCUGUUGACAAUAAUUACAUUGUUUCAAUGUUUGAUAUAUGAGCGCGGAAAUCAAAAAGUCUCAAAAUUAGCAAUGAUCUUGCUGUCAGUUGCAAUCACAGGAAUUUUCAUUCUAUUGUUCGUUGCUGUCGCCGGAAAGAUAUCUUGGCUACUCUAUCUGAAUAUCUUCUCUUAUGUCAAAUUAGCAAUCACUCUCAUCAAAUAUAUUCCUCAGGCAUACAUGAACUAUCGAAGAAAAAGUACAGAAGGAUGGAGCAUAGGAAAUGUUUUAUUAGAUUUCACAGGAGGUUCUUUCAGUAUAUUGCAAAUGAUACUGCAGUCGUACAAUAAUGAUGAGUGGGACUUGGUCUUUGGAGACCCAACAAAGUUUGGACUCGGAUUCUUCUCAGUUUUGUUUGAUAUUCUAUUCAUGAUCCAACAUUACAUUCUCUACCGCCCAUCAAGAAACAAAAAUAUUGAUCAUGAGCCUCUCAUCAAUGGAGAAGAAUAAAUUUAUACAUUCUGCUAUUCCGCAUACAUUCUGUGAAAUAUUUUCAAUAUUCCAUAUUGGGAAUGUAUAUUCUAGAUUAAGCCAUGUUCAAUAGAUAGCAUGCUCAAAUCAUCAGUUAUUUAUAGUUAUUGAAUUUACAGAAUUAUUACAGAAUAAUUUGGACUGAUUUUCAAUUUUCUGCAGUGCCUAAACUACUCAAUGCAAAAGAAGCAACAAAUUGAAAAAAAAUAUUUCGAAUUAUUCCUAAUAUCAAGAUUUUGCAAUGAUACAAUGAUUUCUGCCUGUAUCUUGUAAGAUAAAUAGAGAUAGAUAUCAAAGUUAGAAUUCUUUGUUAUGAUGUCAUGUCAUAAUGUUAUUCAAGUUGCUAUAUCACUUGGUCAUACUAUACUUUUACUCAGGGAGAAAUAAUUUGUGUCUGAUGAGUAUGCCUGAUUACUCAUCAGAACAUUGCUUGCUCAUUGAUCUAUUUGUUUACUAGAGUUUUUGUGAAUUGAUGCAAGUGCCUUCUUUGGAGCGAUUUAUGUCAAAAAUCACUUUAUUUGGGCACUAUACUUUUAUUUUUCAUUCUUAAAAUUUCACUUGUUUUGAUUACAAUUUUAUCAUUGUUGUUUUACUCAACAGAAAGCUGUUUUCUGGUUUUAACUCUUUAUUAUCUUGGCACUAUGUUUUAUAGUGAUUUUUAAAUCUUUUGAAUUGAUGUGUUCCCAAAUCCAAGGUUACCACUAACCCAAGUUAUUUUGAUGUAUUGUAUGAUUUUAGCUAGUUUUUAUUCUUGUCAUUGUAUACCAUAUUUGUCAGUCAUUUUAGUGUUUUCUUGAUAUUGCCUGUGUUUUACCCAUGAUCCGAUUGUCGAAGCUUCAUAGAGCAAAUUGUUACCUCAGGAUAAGUGUGCAAUAAAUAAAUUCAUGCAUUUGA